GGUGGGGUGCCCGCUAUAAGGACUGUCGUGCCCCGGGCGGGGGACACAGCUCACGCACCGCACUUGCCCGAGCAACAGACAACCAUGCGCACCGCCACCCUCCUCGGCCUGGCCGUCCUCGCCCUCGUGGCAACCCUCUGCGCUGCCCAGGAUGUAGCAGAAGAACGUGCCCCUAUCCCCACCCAGGUGGCCGUGGCGGUUCCCAACACCCGCAACAAGCGAAGCCUCCUCCUCGCCAAGGGUCUCCUUGUUGGUGGCGCCCUCGGUGCCGGAGCUCUUGGCGCCGGUGCCCUUGGUCUGGGAGCCGUCGGUCUGGGAGCAGGAGUCGUCGGCGCUGGUGCUCUCGGUUUGGGAGCUGGGUGA